GCGCGGAGGAAGGCGAGGCCGCGGCGGGUCAUGCCCAAGGUAUAGGCGAGGCGGAGGCAUGGCUGCCGGAAGGUUGCUGCUCUACACUGGCCUCUCGCUAGCGCUCUGCGCCCUCGGCAUGCUGGCCGUGGCCAUCUGCUCGGACCACUGGUACGAGACGGACGCCAGGAAGCACAGGGACAGGUGCAAGGCCUUCAACACCCGCCGGGUGGAUCCCGGCUUCAUUUACAACAACAACAACAACUUGCCGCUUCGGGCCAGCCGCUCGCGCCUGGACCGCUGGGAAGGCAAACUCCUUCGGGCCCGGAACCGCCGGCAGCUCUUCGCCAUGAGCCCUGUAGAUGAGUGCAGUCGGCAGUACAACUCCACCAACAUGGGCCUCUGGAGGAAAUGCCACCGGCAGGGAUUCGACCCCGAGAUCGCCGCCCUCAUUCGGAAAGGAGAAAUUGAGCGAUGCACGUACAUCAAGUACCACUACUCCUCAGCAACCAUCCCCAGGAACCUCACGUUCAACAUCACAAAGACCAUCCGUCAGGACGAGUGGCAUGCCCUGCACCUGCGCAGAAUGACGGCCGGCUUCAUGGGCAUGGCAGUGGCCAUCAUCCUCUUUGGCUGGAUCAUCGGCGUGCUGGGCUGCUGCUGGGACAGAGGCCUUAUGCAGUACGUGGCGGGCCUUCUCUUCCUCAUGGGAGGAACCUUCUGCAUCAUUUCACUGUGUACCUGUGUGGCUGGUAUCAACUUCGAGCUGUCGCGCUACCCACGCUACCUGUACGGACUCCCUGAUGACAUCAGCCAUGGCUAUGGAUGGUCCAUGUUCUGUGCAUGGGGGGGCCUGGGCCUCACACUCAUCUCGGGAUUCUUCUGUACCUUGGCCCCCUCUGUCCAACCUGUCCCGAGGACCAACUGCCCUAAAUCCAGACCCGAGAAUGGGACAGUGUGC